AUGUUUGCGAUUAUUACCAUAGUGCCAUUCACAACGAACCGGCAACUAUACUAUUCAACGCCAAAUGAGCUGCACGUUUUCGUUUUUCGUGCUAUAAAACCAGAUAGAAUGGCUUCAUUAUUUACGUUGGACACAGACGGCGACCAGCAAUUGUUUAGUGCAGAUAAUUUACAGUAUUCCGCUGCAUUGUACAAUGGCAUUUUUGAAGAUCGUCAACAGGAGGACAGCGAAGAAGACGAUGAGCAAGAAGCUGGUGAAAUGGAAUUAUUUGGCGUCAAGAUAAGCUGCAAAGAUGUGAGCAAAGUGGUUGCCGCCGCCGCCACACAAGAGACGCCCAAACGAAUUGCAUCCGAGGUGGCGAUACAAUUGAAUGAAGUUGCUGAGAGGGUUAAUGAGGCAUCACAAAACGUGGGCACACAUAAACUGCAGAAACGUCAACGUACCACAACAGAAAUAAACAACGAGAUAAGCGAAGAUGUGAUUGUGCGGAAAGCAAACUUGGAAAAGGAUAUGCAAAAAGCCAAGCAAAUAAACGGAAUUGAGCAGCUGAAAGCCCUACCUACAGUCUCCAGACGUAAGCAGCCCAUACUGAACAGAGCCGAACGAACAAAGACGAAGGGCAGCGGCUGGUUUGAUUUACCUGCGACAGAAGUCACUGAUGAGAUGCGCAAUGAGCUGAAGGUUAUACAAAUGCGUUCCGUGCUGGAUCCUAAGCAUUUCUAUAAGAAGAACGACCUUAAGGUGCUGCCCAAGUACUUCCAAAUCGGUACAGUCCAGCACUCGCCACUUGAUCAUUAUAGCGAGCGGCAUACGCGGAAGACCAAAAAGUCAUUGGUGGAUGAACUGCUUGAGGAUGAGGCCUUUCAAAAGUUUAACAAACGGAAGUACAAAGAGGUGAUAAAGCGUACGGAAAAAUACGCACAUCGAAAAACCUUAAAAAAGAUGAAGAAACUGAAGAAAAAUAAAUAAAUAUAACUUCUUCCACAUCGA